AUGGACUACAUCGAGUUGGCGGACCCCAAGGUCCAACUUCUGGGUGCUCUUCAGCACGAGCCGGCGGACACCGAGUCCACCUUGCCAGCGGCCCAGAGCCUUCGAGCUGGCGGUCCUCAGCGACCACUUCCGGGUGCUCUUCAGCACGAGCCGGCGGACACCGAGUCCACCUUGCCAGCGGCCCAGAGCCUUCGAGCUGGCGGUCCUCAGCGACCACUUCCGGGUGCUCUUCAGCACGAGCCGGCGGACACCGAGUCCACCUUGCCAGCGGCCCAGAGCCUUCGAGCUGGCGGUCCUCAGCGACCACUUCCGGGUGCUCUUCAGCACGAGCCGGCGGACACCGAGUCCACCUUGCCAGCGGCCCAGAGCCUUCGAGCUGGCGGUCCUCAGCGACCACUUCCGGGUGCUCUUCAGCACGAGCCGGCGGACACCGAGUCCACCUUGCCAGCGGCCCAGAGCCUUCGAGCUGGCGGUCCUCAGCGACCACUUCCGGGUGCUCUUCAGCACGAGCCGGCGGACACCGAGUCCUUCGUCGCCUCGUCCGGCUGCGCCUUGUCCGGAUGCGACCUCGCCGCCUUGUCCGGUCGCGCCUUCGCCGCCUCGUCCGGCUGCGCCUCGUCCGGCUGCGACCUCGCCGCCUUGUCCGGCUGCGCCUUCGUCGCCUCGCCCGGCCGCACCUUCGCCGCCUCGUCCGGCUGCGCCCUCCCCCGCAUCGCCCGAUCGCGACUCGUCGCCUCGUCCGGCUGCGCCUUAUAUGAAGGAAAGAAGAUAGAAGAAGUGCGCGCCGGGCCGGCUUCCGGCUUCCCGCGGCCCGUCCGGCCGCGGCCUCCUCGGACUUCUCCAGCUUCCCGCAGCUGGGCCGCUGCAGGCUCCCCGGGGCCUGCUCCGGCUCCACCCAGGCCGGCUUCCGGCUGCGCCCAGGCCGACUCCUGCCCCGGGCCCGUCGGCUGCCGGGCCGUCGCCCACGCGCAUGGGCCGACUGGCGCGGCCCUCGCUAGGGAGCGGCCGGCUUCGUACCUCCAUCGAUCGAGCGUGCCGCGUCCAGCGCUCGCCCCAGCACACGUCCGCGCUCACCAGCUCCUCUAG